AUGGCACCAUUCUUGGUGACGCGAGGAACACCAGCAGUGGGCAAGAUCGUAGCAGAAGGAGCUGGGACGCUGGGAAGAGUGACAGGCAACGAGACAGAGGGCAAUGCGAUGCUAGGCAACGUCACCGAAGGCAGAGCAAUGCUUGGGACCGAGAGAGAAGGAAGGGCCACUGAAGGAACCGAGACCGAAGGCAGUGCAAUGCUAGGCAGCGAGAGCGAGGGCAAUGCAAUGCUGGGCAAUGUCGCUGGGAUCGAGACUGAGGGCAAUGCGACGCUGGGCAACGAAGGCGAGGGCAACGCAACACUAGGCAACGUCACCGAAGGCAGAGCAAUGCUUGGGGCCGAGAGAGAAGGAAGAGCCACAGAGGGAAUCGAGAGCGAGGGCAGAGCAACCGAGGGAAUCGAGACUGAAGGCAAUGCGAUGCUGGGCAAUGUCACCGAAGGCAGAGCAAUGCUUGGGGCCGAGAGAGAAGGAAGGGCCACAGAGGGAAUCGAGACCGAAGGCACUGCAAUGCUAGGCAGCGAGAGCGAGGGCAGAGCGACUGAGGGAAGCGAGACUGAAGGCAAUGCGAUGCUGGGCAAUGUCACCGAAGGCAGAGCAAUGCUUGGGGCCGAGAGAGAAGGCAGAGCGAUGCUUGGGACCGAGAGAGAAGGAAGGGCCACAGAGGGAAUCGAGAGAGAAGGAAGGGCCACAGAGGGAAUCGAGACCGAAGGCAGUGCAAUACUAGGCAGCGACAGCGAGGGCAGAGCAACCGAGGGAAGCGAGACUGAAGGCAAUGCGAUGCUGGGCAAUGUCACCGAGGGCAGAGCGAUGCUUGGGGCCGAGAGAGAAGGCAGAGCGAUGCUUGGGACCGAGAGAGAAGGCAGGGCCACAGAGGGAAUCGAGACCGAAGGCAGUGCAAUGCUAGGCAGCGACAGCGAGGGCAGAGCAACCGAGGGAAGCGAGACUGAAGGCAAUGCGAUGCUUGGGACCGAGAGAGAAGGAAGGGCCACAGAGGGAAUCGAGACCGAAGGCAGUGCAACGCUAGGCAAGGAGAGCGAAGGCACUGUCGGAACGGCGAUCGUUGGUAGAAUUGUUGGGAGAACAGUUGGCACAGGCAAUGGCACCAAGCCGCCACCAGCAGCUGUUGUCGAGGCGAUUGCACUCGAAGGACGAGGUGCGAACGUGCGAGUCGAACACGAAACAACUGAAUUAGUGACAAGAGUCGUGGUUGAUGUGGUGGUAGGGAUGGGGAAGCCGAGGAAAGUGACCGUCGAGAUCGACACAGUCGACGUUGUUGUGCAUUGUGAAGCAACAGUAGAUGAGCAAAGGGCGACACCAACAACACCGAUAGCAGGAGCGACACAGUUGAUCUGUGUGUAUGCUGCAGAUGACACAGCGUACGAGCAACUAGUGCCAACAAUCUGCGCAAGAUUGAGAGGGUUGACGGUUGUGGCACAGGAUCCGGCGAAAGUCACACCUGCCUGA